AUGAACCGAGGGAGCAUUGAGGACCUGUUCAAGCAGAUGACUCCCAUCUACGAUCUGGUGUGUAAGUGUACAGAGACGCAGGAGAAAGAGCUGCUAGAUGCGCAAGAGCGUAUCGAUUAUCAAUUUGAGCUCAUCACUAGUCGUGUUUUUAUCAUUUGUCUUCUGCAACACAUACAGUGCGUCCACCGUAAUUGUCACUCCUCCUACCUUCAGUAUGUUAGGGACAACGCAGUUGAUCUUAUUGUUGGGUGCUACUCUACUCCCAUUGAUGAGUCUCCUUUGAUCAAGGCUCUGACACAACUGGUCUCUCAAUUUGAGGCCAAGCAAGAGAAUAGUGAUAGCAGUACAGCAGACUCUAAGUUUAAGGAGGGCCAUGAAGAGACUGAAAAGCCCCUCAGCGUUGAGGCGUUUACUCUGCGCUUCAAAGAGGCGACGUACGAGCUGUUCCGUCAGGACUGGGACCGCCGUCGUACCUUCGCUGCAGCAGUGCAAGAUGCAGUUCUUAAAGAACUGGAGAAGGUCAACGUCAGACUCCCAGUGGUAUCUGAAAAGGUUCUAGAUCCACUUUCAGACAAACCCUUAUUUAUCCCCCCUUCCAUGAUAGAUAAGCAGCGCCAAUAUCUUAUCCAGGAAUUAGACGUGGCAAUUGAAUCUCUAGAGCGGGAGUUAGGAGGUGAUAGCGUCAGAAAAGCAACAGACAGGCCCGAGCAUGAGCUCCAUGAACUGAUUCGUCAGAUGGAAGGGGCCAAGAAGGAACUGGAUGCUUGUUUACACGCAGCUGUCGCCGGUGGCCUAGAAUCACCCUUAGACGAUAUUCUUCUGGAUUUAUCCUCUCCAAUCCGUAAGCCCGUAACCACGCAAGUCGAGUUACAUCCCAGAAUUGUUAGCGCGCAAACAAUUUUGUCAAACUUUUGCGAUUUCCUUAAAAAGCAGCACGACAAAUUCAUUGAAGAAAAGGACAUAUUACUUAAAGAAACACCAAUACAAUUGUUUGUCCAUACGCUCUUGAAGAAACUAUCAGACUCUGACCUGACCACCAGUAGCACGGUGGAUUCUAAGACUCUAGUAGCAGUUGAUGAGCUGAUCGCGGCAUGUGACAGAAUCAUCGCCGAUGCAUCUCCCGUGGCUGAAAAUCUAAAGCAAUCCUACAUAUUCAGCAACCCAGGGGCGCAGGCUCAGUAUAAUGUUGACUCUCUGGCAGAUGCAGCCGAAGGGGCCCUUUACUUCCUUGAAGCUAAGAAGGAGAUUCCACCCGUUCCACUAAUCCACCAUUCAGGGCCUCCUUCGCUUACCACGCCGCUCAAGACAGUGGCAACCAUGGUGAGGGAGUUCUUCAACUAUAGCGAAGAUAAAAAGCAGGACCUAAAGGCUCUUGUUACGGGUCUUUUACCACUUUCCGGGUUUGUGGCGUCCCUGCUACCAUCUAGCUUUUCAAAACAAUUGAAUAUGCUGUCCUCAUGUUCCCUGGAUAUUCAAGGGGUUUUAAAGGUAGCGAUAGAUUCCUUGGACAAGCUAUCUACGUCAAUCCUUCCGCCACUGUCUCCCCUCUUGCAAACUCCUACUGCCGCUGAAACCGUUAACAGGCCAAUUGUAUCCCAGCCAAUAACAUCUUCUGUCUUACGCUCGUUUUCAAAAAAGUAUGUGGCUACCAGUCAACUCUUUAAGCAACUGCUUGCACAACUAGAAAAGUCUAAAAGAAAACUUUCAGACCAGUGUGUUAAGAAAGACGAGGCGGACGAACUUCGCAGAGAACAAGAAAGCUAUAGCAAUCUUGAGACAGAGACUCAGCUGGAGAAGCUCAUAGACAAUUUAAAAACCACAUAUAUCUGUCCUAUUUGUCGUGAUGACCUCAGUAAUGCAUUCCUUGUGGGCUGCGGACACAUUGCGUGUUCUGCGUGCUUAUACCACAUGUACGAGACGCGCACACGCAAGUGCCCCAUAUGCCAGAAGCCAUAUAAACAAGAAGACAUUGUCGAGUUUGCAGUCAUACGAUGA